AAACUUGUGGAGGAAGAAAAAGAAGUUCAUCUAUGCUGCAUAAUUGAUGCAGUUUCAUCCCACUUUAAUAGCCAUGGCUCAGUGCUUAUGGGAUCCUGAGAGUUGCAGUUUAGUGAGGCACCAGCACUCUUUGGCAAAGAAGGCUGAAGGUCUUGAUUCUUUAGCCAUGAGCCACAGCAGUUAGAGUGGUCUCGAACUGUGCUAAGUCUACAGUGUAGACGCAUCCUCAGGUGUGAGAUCUGCUGCAGUCCUUCAUAGAAGAUGGCUCCAGCAAAAGACAUGGGACCAGCAGAAAUAUGUGAGGAAUUGGACCAAAUUAUCCUUCAGCUUUUUGAUGCUCUUGAGAUGCUCCAGAACAAGAGGGAAGCCUUUAACAGCUUGGUAGAACAGGGUUGGUUCUCUCUCUCUAAAUCUCGCUAUGCCAUGGGCAACAAGUCUGUGUCUACCCUGCAGUACGGGCAUCAAAUGACUCCUCUGGUUCGAGUGAGGACUUGUGAGAAAGAGAAGGAUCAGGUGGAGUUUGAUGUGAUCCAAAAAGAUGCUCCCAAAGCAAGGAGUGAAAGUGAAGCCACUGUAGAAGAUAUUGGGCCAAGUGAGCAAGUUCUACGACAAAGAAAGGGGCCAAGAAAAGCAGAGAGCUCAGACCAACCCCAGGAGGCCACCUCCCGUCCAGUAGAAGGAUCAGGGCACCAAGACCCCUUGAAUUGGUUUGGGAUCCUUGUGCCCCAAAGUCUUCGUCAAGCCCAGCGGACUUUCCAAGAAGGGAUCCAUUUGGCUGCAGAAAUUGCCUCCUUGCAGAGUGAAAUAGAGGCCUGUCGGCGCCGUUACCAUGCAUUGCUAGAAAGAAAACGCAACUUUGUACCCAGAGAGAGCAGCACCUGUGAGCUGCUAAAACCAUCUCUCAGCUGAGAUCAUGAAAAUACAAAUUUGGGAAUUUGUUGAGAGUUUUCCCUACAAAGUUCCCAGUUACUCUGUAUGUCUUCUAUUUUUGUUUAUAUAUAAAGUUAUGAUGAAUAAAAAGGACCUUAAUAGAG